AUGCAGAAUGCAACCUCUUGUGACAGUCUGGCCAUUUACAGUGGCUUCUCCAGUCAACGUGUAAAUGCAUUGGGUUAUGAUGCCAAUCAGCAGAACUACUUCUCAGUCCUUCAUGUGGCAAGUGAUGACCAACAACCAGCCUGUUCCUUGCAGUCCUCCACUGGCUCUGUUACACUUCACAAAUCUAAAGGCUGUUCACAAACCAAAAGAACCCAAGAUACACUAGGACCCAAUGAUCGACUGUCUCCUAAUAGCCUAUACCAAAACUCAUGUCGUAAUAGACAAAAUGCAAAGAAGGCAGGACACAGUUCCCUAACAUCAGCCCCUGUCAAGCAAAUCUUACCCUGAAUGAAAGAGUCACAUCACACCAAGGAGCAAAAAUCAAGUAUCACAAGAUCAGACAGCUGUUCAGGAGAUAAAAGCCCAACCAACUCUCAUACGGCUAAGCGUGCACACACUGCCUACACCAGUUCACAGCUCAUCGAGCUAGAGAAAGAACUUCAUUUCAAUUGCUACCUUUGCCGCUUACGACAGGUCGAGAUGGCAAAUUUGCCCAGUCUGUCUGAGCACCAAAUAAAGAUCUGGUUUCAGAAUCGCCGAAUGAAGUACAAGAAAGAUCAGAAGGGACAGUCUCCAAAUAGCUCAGUUCUUCCAACUUCAGGUUCUGUGGCCAGGGAAGGAGGAUAUGUCAGCUCAAUACAAUCCAUGGUAAACGGUGUGCCGUACAACACAUUGUCCCCAACAGUUUAUUGCAGUGUUCAGAGCAACACCUGUAGCCUGUCUACAUCAUAUCCACAAGCCUUAAGCAGUAUGUUGAACAACUGCCCAUCUUCUCAAAAGGCAUACAUGAGAACCAGUUCAGCCAUGCCUGAGAGUGACAAGCACCAUUUUCAAGGUAACAUUCACAAUGGUGUGCAAAGGCAAGGCAAUAGUGUAUAUGUAGGUGCUAAUGGAACCUUUGUGGAUAGCAAUGGCAGUAAUGGAAGUUCAAUUUAUUAUCUGCCGCAGCACCCUCAAGCUGCUCAUGACAGUACAGACUACAAUAGUGUAAUCAGCAUGAGGAACAGCCAUAAUGAUGGUGCAUUGGACUUUAUACUGCAUAACUCUCAGGGAAGAAUUCAAGAAAUACCUAAACUGACACAUCUACAAUGUUAUUAA